GGCUCCCGCAACUGUCACAUGUCCGGGCUGCAGCGACUGUCAUAGGGUCGGGCUGUAACAGUUGGCUAGAAUACCUAACUGCAUCUUCUGGCGGUCCAAUGGAACCCGACACGAUGGAGCCACAACCGACCACGGGCGAAGCGGGAGAGGAGUACAAGACAUCGCCCGAUCGAGCACUGAGGGAUCUGAAGGAACGAAUUAGGCAAGAAGCACCGCUGAGAUGGGCUUACCAAACCAAUGACGGAGGGCCCGACAUAAGAGGCGAACCAGUUGCGACAGAGCCGCAGGAGGCUCUAAAGACGGGUACCUCGAGCGGACGACGAGAAGCGACGAGGCGACGCUCCCCUGAGUACGAGCAGAGGGACACCUUAGUGGAUAGGUACAGAGACGACUGGAGAGAGAAUUUAAGGGAUUCCUAUUGGAGGGACAGAGAUAGAGAAAGGGCGCCGCCCAGGCGAGUCUUCGGCCCCCAGACAGGGGAGUCACAUCCGCUCCCUUACGAGAGCAAGGAUCGCUAUAUUAUUACGCACAAGGUCUCAGAGCCUCCUACCUUCAGGGGCUAUGGUAUCACAGAAUAUCUGGAGAAGUGGGAGCUUCACGCCAGCCGAAGUCAUUGGUCGGAGGAAGAGAUUAUAGAGAACUUCCUAUUUAAUGUGGACCCAAGUCUUGGUAGGGAAGUUAAGGACGCUCGAUCGAAGGAUGGGAAAUGGACUACGUACAAGAAGAACCUCGUUGAGCUUUACAAAUUGGAGGAUAACAAGUAUUCCAUCAAGGACCUUGAAACAAUGACUCAAGAUGAAGAUGAGAGAGUACGGGCAUUUGGGAUGCAUUUCCAAAAGAUCUCCGACGUGCUGAUGAAGAAGGGGAAGAUCUCAGAGGUCGAGCRCUGUACUAUCUUCAUCGGACACUUGUCCAAAGGUAGGCAACAUAAUAUACUUAGAGAUCUUCCGCGCGAUAGGCUUGAUUUCCCAGAAGUUCUAAAACUCGCGAUAAAGGCAGAGGCAGACGAUUACAAGGACUUGGUGUGGAGAGGGAUGAGGAGACGUGACUUCUCUCUCUACAAGGAGUACGCCACUGAUAGAUGUCCUGAUUUCAAGGAUUAUCCCUGGUCGGAGAAGAAUGAGGCUGUGACUGAGGAAGUGAAGAAGAUACGGGACAUGGUGAAGGGAUUAACGAGACAGGUUACAGAGAUUGUAACCACUACAGGGGCCACGGCCUACCGGGACAAACCUGGGGGGCCCUAUUCACUUCGCUGGGACCGUAGGAACAACGAUUCCUGGAGGAGUGUCGAGGAUAGAAAUCCUCGGACGCUGACUGAUUAUCGUACGAGAGGAAGAGAGAGAGACGAUGAGCCAUAGCGAUGUAGGGACGAUGAGAUAGACCGAGACCGCAGAGAUCGCGAGCCGUUUGCGCGA